AUGUUGGCAAGUUCAAAAAUUUGGCUUGACAGAGGAGGAUCUUCAUUGAAUAAUCAUUUGUCAACAACAAUUGAUCAUCAAAACGAAGAAGAAGAAGUAGAAGCAAAAGAAAUUGCUGCCGAUUUUACUGCAAAUCUGACAAGACAAUCAACAACGAUAAUGAAUGCUUGGAAUCGUGAUUAUCCUACGGGUGCACCUCGUAGUGAAGGUCAAAGUGCCGGAUUGGAAUCAGGUCAAAGUGCACUUUCCGCUCAGCAAACAUCUCCUUUUGCCGUGACACAAGGUGCUUGGUCUUCCAGUCCUGAACAGCAUACGUAUGCAGCUCUACCGUCAAUCAAUGCGCCUGUUCAUCCGGGAGGAGGAGGAGGAGGUCCUCCCUAUGGUCAUACAACUUCAUUUGAAGGUAAUGAAGUCCAGACAAUGAAUUAUGGAAGUGGCGGUGGCAGUUCAGAUUAUUCCAUGCUCGCCAGACCACAUUCUUCCGGUGGCAAUCAAUCUGGUACAUUUCCAAUGAUGAACAAUCGACAAUACUUUAAUCCUAAUUCGAGUCAAUUUGGUCAUUCUACCGCAUUUGCACCUGCACCAGGAAUGCAUUCUUCGCCAAAUCAUUCUAUGGGACAUGCUCCAACAUUUUCCGACCCACUUUCUGGCGGUCAUUAUACGUUCAGCAGUGGUGGUGGUGCAAAUGCGGCAAGUGGAUUAGCCUUACCGAAUCCUAAUCCGGAAUCAUCUUUUCAUCCUCCAUCGAUGCAAAGUGGCGAACAUGAAAGGGAUUCUUAUGUUUAUUCAAACGUUCAAGGUAAUCUAACACCUCUUUUUGGUGGUAUGCCGGGAAAUGCACCUCCUUCCAGUUCAACUUCAUCACAUCAUGAUUUCCCCGGAUUUUCAAGCCAUCAUCAAAGUAGUUCAUCUGCACCUUCUCACUAUCACCAUCAUCAUCAUCAUUUCAGCACUGGUGGCGGUUCAACGUAUCCCAUGUUAGGAGGAGCUCCGCUUGGACAUGCAGGUGGUCAUUAUAUGAGCGGAGCAGGGCAAUACGAAGGUUAUCCGGCAUUCUAUAAUCCAUUCGAAGUAAAGCAUCGUAGAAGGACAACAAGAUCGCAAUUUAAAGUAUUAGAAAGUACAUUUUUGGAAACACCAAAACCAACGGCAAGUACACGAAAGAUAUUGGCCGAACAAUUAGAUAUGCCUUUAAGAGCCAUUCAAAUUUGGUUUCAAAAUCGUAGAGCAAAAGCAAAAUCACAAUCAUAUAGAAGUUCUACCACUUCUCAUAGUAUUCACGGAGGAGGAAGCAGUAGCAGUAAAAGUGGUGGAAGAUUUGUUGAUUCUCCACCUUUACACACUUCGCAAAGAACCGGAAGCGGAAGUGCUGGCGUAGGCAGACCGAGCACGAGCAGUUCUUCUUCUUCUUAUUAUCACGGUCCAAAAUCUGCCAUUGCAGCACACGGAGCAAGUGGCGAUUCAAAACCACCGUUGAGCAGUAGCAGUCUUAGUAGCACGGGGAGUGCACAAACACAAGCAGGAGCAGGGUUCCCGUUUGAAGAUUCAAAGCGGUACACGUACUCUAACACUGGAGCACCAAAGCCAAUCCAUGUAUCUCGCUUAGAUUUGCCACCUUUGACGAGUGGUGAACCAAGCAGCGGAUCAAGCUCUUUUGCUCCUUCUUCUAACCCAUCUUUUGAUUCGUUCAAAAUACCUUCGGGCAAACCAUCUCAAAGGGGUAGUGCAGGCUCAAGUGGCGCUCAACAACAUCAACAAUCUUAUUCGCAUUCAAACUAUAAUCCCAUGAGUGGUUAUUCUGGCACUCAAUCACAAAAUUCUCCUAAUUUACAAAAUAAUCCUUCCGGUGCUAUUCCUUCUUCUUCUUCUUCUUCUCAGUCAAAUGCAAACGACAUUGCCGAUGAACAAAACAGACGUUCUCAUCAAAGUUCUUCUUGGCGAUAG